AACUUGCUGAGAGGAAUCAGUGAUUGGAGAUCCUGCGUGAAUUUAUGCCUCUAUCUCAUGUAGACUGAUCUCUGUAGUCAAAGAGAAGAUUCAACGCUAGAAGACGUUCGAUGUAAGUACGAUCUAUAUAGGGUUUUAUCAUUCUUCAUAGGAAUCUUAACGUCGACCCGCCGUGCCGCCAUCCCAACUUCUGCAUCACAGUGAUGGCCUUUGCCAUGUCGAAUGAAAAGUUUGGUAACUCAGGCGAGGAAAUGAUGGAGAAGGCAAGUGAUCAUUUCAUGAACUGCUCCUUGUGCAAGACUUCUACUGAGGACAGCUUAGAGAAUCCACUUCAUGUAUGGUUAUCUAUGGAUACAAACACCAAAAAGAAGCACUUGAAGCAUUUGAGGAACAGUAUUUUGGCUCCUAUCCUAUUUGGAAAACGAAUGUAUUAUUCUUCAAAGAACAUAAAAUUGUUACAGUACUUGAGAAUAAUACCAAAAACAAGCUUUGAAAGAAUUUCUCCUCUGGGAACAAUAUUGUCCAACAGAAAAAUUGACACUGUGGAAUUAACUGAGGAAAUUGUAGACACCAUUCUCUCCUGCUUGGAUUCAGAUGAGUUUUUACACAGCGGUUACCAUACUUACCAAGAACUGAAAGGUUGCUCUGUUGUGGAAGAUGCCCUUUCUGUUGGAAAGAAAAGUGAAUUUGUCACACUUGUGAGUUGUAGCUAUGAUGGUGAUCAUCGUUUACAUGAACAAGGAAUUAUGCUUCUCUCACUCACAGUUCUUCAUCAAGUUAUGAAAUACCUUUGCCAGACUUGCAAGCCUUGUGACUAUUUAAAAAAGUUUGAGGAAGAGAUGGCCAAGAAGGAGCAGACUUGCAGAGGGCUAAGGCUGAAAGGAAAUGAUCACUUUGCUGCACGUGAUUACCACAUGGCUGUAGCAUGUUAUUCUCAGGCAGUUAUGUUAAGCCCAUUUGAUCCUUUGCUGUAUGGCAACAGAGCACAAAGUUACCUCAAACUGAAGCAUUUACGUGAGGCUUUGUCUGAUGCCAAGAGAGCUGUUUGUCUUAACCCUGAAUGGGAAAAAGGUCAUUACAGAUUUGCACAGGCAUAUUUUGAACUUGGAUUUACUGAAAAGGCCAUGGCUGUAAACUCACUUGCUCAGAAGUGUUGUUCAUCCACACUUAGCUUGCUCUGCCAAUCUGUUGCAUUCAGGAAAGAAAUGGAAAACUCAGCAGCAAAAAACACCAUUCAGUGUUGCAGUGUAAGCAAUGGACAAACUUCUGAUGAGGGUUGUCAUCAGCACAAAGCUUCAACAAUGGGUGCAAAUCCCUCCUUAGCUAAAGCUAAAGUGGGCAGUAAAAGAAACUGGAAACUCGCCAAUGAAAACAGUAAAAUGCGUGCCAAUGCUUCAUCAGUUGACAGCAACACCAGUCAAAUGUUUGAAAGCGUUAAAGAUUGUGCAUAUGUUGAACUUUUGGAUGAGGAUGAUGAGAACUGUGAAAACCAUGGCAGUAAGGAUGACCACGCAGACUCUGAGUUAUCAGACUACAACUCUCUCCUAGGUCUUGUCUACGCCAACAGUGAUGAUAGUGACGAUGACAUGGACAUGGAUGAAAGUUGUGGUCUCUCUGACGUGGCCAGUCUUCCUUCUCUGGUGUCGUUAAGUGACUCAGACACAGAUUCAGAAUCAGACUGGAAACCUGACCGGGAUGGUGAUAGUUUUAAUAACCCAGAUGAACGUUGCUGUUCCGACUGUGGUAGCGACGACCUGUACAGUGAUAGUGAGGAAGACGAGGCUAGCAAUUUUGAACCAGUAAGGGAUCAUGAUGAUGAUGUUGAUGUGCAUCACAGUUGUGAUGAUAACAGUGAUGAUAAUGCCAAUGCGGAGGAGAGUGGAGGCGAUUUCGAGGAUUUGUUGAACAUUUUAGGGCCUCCUACAAUGAUAAGUAACGUGGUCUCUCCUGCCACUCUACUGCUGAGUGUUCUCGUCGAGUUUUUCAGGGCGCAUCCAGAGAUGAGGAAUGAGGGUUCUCCUCCGGCAUUGCCAGCAGUGAUCGAGUCACUUCCCAAAGUAAAAGUAACUGAAGAUCAUGUCGCCGUGAACUUAUCCUGUACCAUUUGUCGGUCUGAUUAUCAAGAGGAUGACUCAGUUCUGGAGUUACCAUGUUCUCAUUUAUUCCAUCCUCCUUGCAUUACUACGUGGCUAAAAUUGCACGCCACUUGUCCAACUUGCCGCGAUAUUCUACCUCACUAAACGAAGAAAACGGAGGAAUGAGCUAGUCUUUCAACGGAUUGGCAGAACACCACGACUUAGUGCAGCUGUUUUAUCUAAACCUGCACAAUUUCUAGCUUGGAAUCAGGCUGUAUGGUGUUACCAGUGGGAAAAGUCCACUAACUAAAGACUCGAGCUCGAAUCAUCGGGCGCAUUUAAUUCCUGAGUCCUUAAUAACUGAUAAAUUAUUGGGAUUGUUUAAAAGUUUAGAAGUGUAACUCAAUUGCAGUACUUUGCAUGAAACGAGGCCAUUAGGACAUGGUCGUUGAUCAUCUGUCGAUGAUUCAACUAAGAGGUAAUUUUUUUGCAGACUAAGCUCUAACUGAAUGGUAGAGUUAAGGUUAAGUUAUUUGACCAUUUUGUUUUAAAGAACUAAAUACAAAGAAGAUAUAUUACAUUAGAUAAGUUUUGUUCC